CCGUUUUCCUAUAUGAAUAUGUCUGUUAACAAGGGAAAGACCGCUAAAUGUUCCCUUCAAGCUAAUAAAACUAAAACUUCUGCUGCUAGGAACCUUCGCUCUUCUGGUUCCUCUUCUCCUGCUUAAGUUCCUUUACGUCAAGAUAAUCAUUCCCCUCCUCCAGCUACUACCAAGUGUGUUAGAACCGCUGAUGAUGCUAUGGACACUGACGAACCUGCACCUACCGUUACUCCCUCUACUCCUGCUAAUACUACGAUUGUUCCUCCUCCUUCUGUUACUUCUUUUUUAGAUACUUUUAUGCACGCUCCUGCUGACACAGCCACUAAUCAUGCUGCCUCUCCUGACACUUCCGCAGCUGCAAUCAAGGAUGACUCUAACCAUUAUUACACAGCUGCUAUGCUCAACUCUAUUGACGGCUUCUGGAAUACUUCCAAUUUGAUUAGUUUUAUCUUUUUCGUAUUCUUUUUUUUAGCAUUAUAAAAUACUUUUUACAUUGUAGUAUACCAAAAGUAAAUAAAAAUUUAGAUUUAAUAGGACAGUUGUCCAUCAUUUUAAUAAAAAGAUUUUUUUGUUACAUUAAACC